AUGGCGCCGCAACGGACGCGCGUUCUACGGUGCUGCAGCUGUCGUCUCUUCCAGGCGCACCAGGUGAAAAAGAGUCUCAAGUGGACAUGCAAAGCUUGUGGUGAGAAGCAGUCCUUUUUGCGGGCUUACGGUGAGGGCUCUGGUGCUGACUGUAGACUUCAUGUCCAAAAAUUAAAUCUGCUGCAGGGACAGGUUUCAGAGACGUUAUUCAGGUCUCUGGAAGAACCUGUAAACACCAGUGAAGAAAAACAUGUGGGUUAUCAGCAGAAUGAAAACAUGAGUCUGCAGGAACGAUCACAGCCCACAGAGAGCCGCUGGCUGAAGUAUCUGGAAAAGGGUUCCAAAGAACUGGAGCUGGAAGAAGGAGUUGUGUAUUCCAACAAACAGCCCUCAUCCAAAUCAAAGAAGUCAGACCCUCCCUUCAGUAACAACCUCCUUAGAAAAAGGAAAUGGAGCCUACACCCAGUCCAGCCUCCACACAGCCCUGAUGCCAAGGACUCAGGAAGCAAAGUUGACUCUGAGGUCACCUGGCAGCCCCAGAGCUACACUGACCUGACAGGGAAAGUCAAACAAGGAAGCUGCCUCCAGAACUCAGAGAAUUGGACUUCCAGUGAGUUUACUGUUUCUCAGUGGAAACCACCCAGGUCUGCCCAGCAGGCUAAGGUUGUAUCUUCUAAAUGGGAACGAUUUCUUCUGUCGCCUGGAGAGAGCUCCCGUGUGGAAAAAGAGCCUCUGAGCCCACUGCAGACAGGCCCCAGCUCAGCUGGUCCAGCACAAUCUGAGUCCUGGACCCACAGCCUGAAGGAAGGCAGCCCCACCACGCAUCCUGAUGUUCUCCAGCCUCCGUGGGCCCCACCCUCUUCUACAUCUGGGGCCAGGAGGCCCUGUGAAAAGACUGUGGAGAAGCCAUGGGUCUCAAGGACUUUUCAGGUAGAAGGUGGGCCCCUGGUCAAAGUGGAACAGCAACCCCCACCUGUGCUACUGUGUGACCUCUUUAAAACUGGUGAGGACUUUGACGAUGACCUGUGA